GGUGCUAUGAAAGCUUCGAUUUGGAGAAAUUUUGCCUUUUAUUUUUUACAGAAGCAAGAAUGUUCACUGUGUGGAAGACAAUGAUUCCUGCACUUUGGUUGUCCUGCUUGGUGCUUCUUUUGCCAACAGACUCUUGCAGGAUACUGUGCCAGGCCACCAGCCAAAGCAAGGGGAAGGUGACACCCAGGCCACAUGCUGCAUGUGACGGUGCCUGUGAGAACAAUACCACUCCCUGCUUUCAGCCUUGCCCCCCAGACAGUGAGGGCAACAUGGAAUUUGCCUGUAAGGCCAGGAAAUGGCACAAAGUCACCGAAACCUGCCACACUCUUAAUGCCGUCAGCAUCUUUGAGGAGGAUGUGGAAUUAUAUUCUCUUCAGCCAUCUGAAUCAACUAUCCGUACAAAUGACUUUCAUAGACGACCUGAAACCAUAACAGAGAUAUUGAUGGAAAAAUGUCCAAAGGAUUUGUCUUGUGCCAUCAGAAGCAUUAAGAAGUCUCCCCGGACACCAGGGAACAUUGCUGUGGUGGUACAGCUCCUACAUAACGUCUCAGCAGCCCUAACCAAAGAGAUCAAUGAGGAAAAGAUGCAGAGUUACAGUGCCAUGGCGAAUCACAUUCUUAACAGCAAAAGCAUAUCAAAUUGGACCUUCGUCCAAGACAGAAACAGCAGCUGUGUCUUGCUUCAAUCAAUCAAUUCCUUUGCAAGCAAGCUGCUUAUGAAGGAUCAGCUCAUCAACAUAUCACAUGUCUUCAUUCAGACCCUGGGUACUGUCAUAUCCAGGGGCAGCCUUGGGAAGAAUUUGACGUUCUCAAUGCGAAUUAAUGAUAGCAGUGAUGAGGUCACUGGGAGGGUACUGCUCACGACUGAAGGGCUUCAGAAGGUACCUUCUUCGCUCCAGGUCAUCAGUAUUGCUUUUCCAACUCUUGGGGCCAUCCUGGAGGCCAGCCUUUCGGAAAAUAUGACGGUGAAUGGGCUUGUCCUGUCUGUCAUUUUGCCUGAGGAGCUUAAAAAAAUCUCAUUGGUAUUUGAGAAGAUCAGGAAAUCAGAAGAGAGGAAGUCCCAGUGUGUGGGCUGGCACGCCCUGGAGCGCAGAUGGGACCAAAGUGCUUGUAAAAUGAUUAAAGAAAACUCCCGGCAAGCAGUUUGCCGCUGUUGGCCAAACACGUCAUUUGCCUCUUUUUCUAUUCUCAUGUCACCUGACACCUUGGAUAGCCCCGUUCUAAUUUAUAUCACAUACAUAGGCUUGGGCGUUUCCAUCUGCAGCUUGAUCAUCUGCUUGUCCAUUGAGGCCUUAGUCUGGAAUCAAGUGACGAAGACCGAGAUCUCAUAUUUACGUCACCUGUGCAUUGCAAACAUUGCGGCCACCUUGCUGAUGGCCGAUGCGUGGUUCAUUGUGGCUUCUUUCCUCAGUGGCCCAAUAUUACACCACAAUGGAUGUGUGGCUGCCACGUUUUUUGUUCAUUUCUUUUACCUGGCUGUGUUCUUCUGGAUGCUUGCCAAAGCCGUCCUUAUCCUCUAUGGAAUUCUGAUCGUGUUCCAUACACUGCCCAAGUCAUGCCUGGUGGCAUCUCUCUUUUCUGUGGGCUACGGAUGCCCUUUGGUCAUUGCUGUCAUCACACUUGCUGUCACGGAGCCCAGAAAAGGCUACCUCCGGCCUGAGGCCUGCUGGCUUAACUGGGACCUGACCAAAGCUCUUCUGGCUUUUGUGGUCCCAGCUCUGGUCAUCGUGGUCGUAAACCUCAUUACGGUCGCACUGGUUGUCAUCAAGACCCAGAGAGCUGCAAUUGGUAGCUCCAUGUUCCAGGAAAUAAGAGCCAUCGUGAGGAUCUGCAAGAACAUUGCCAUCCUCACGCCACUGCUGGGGCUAACCUGGGGCUUCGGAAUAGCCACGGUCAUCGAUGGCAGCUCCCUGGCUUUCCACAUCAUUUUCUCCUUGCUCAACGCACUGCAGGGCUUCUUCAUCCUGGUGUUUGGAACAAUCCUGGAUCCAAAGAUAAGAGAAGCCUUAAAGAGCCGAGUAACACCUGCCAAAUGGGUUUCCAGAGCAUCAGAGGUAAACACUGUGUUUUUUCAUUUGACAAAGCAACAGUGUAAAACCUUUUGGUGUGGAUGUUUCCUGGAUGGGUGCUUCUUUGAGCUGUUCAGAGUCUUUAUGGAGCAUGAUGUCCAAAUAUUAACAUAG